UCGGGUCAUCCUCACGCGGAAGUAUGCCUGUGACAUGAGAGUCAUUCGGCUCCUCUCUGAGCGUGGCUAGGCAACAGUCCCACGCGGGUCAUUAAACAGCUGCGUGAGAACCACAGCGAGGAGUGGCUCCAACGUAUAUGGCCCGCGUGGUACACCACCCAAUGCGUGGACUUCCUCAAACGUCCCGGGGUGUUGCAAAUAAAGUUCCAGGAACCCCCAGAGCCCACAGUGGUGCCAAGCUGCAAGUGGCUGCUCACCGUUUACAGCCAAGACAUCCUGACAAGGCUGGAUCAUGAAAUCCAUGCAAGGAUAACAUGUGGAUGUGGAUAUGGUUCAGUCUUGAAGAUGGAUUCCACUUAAAAGAUCACCAAGAAGCUGGCUGGGACGGCAAGGGGAACGGGACUCUGUCUUACCUCUGUUGGCAAUGAGUUUGGUCAGGUGCUCAUGAGUGUGCUGACAGCACAGGAAGGAGCAGGACUGGACAAGAUGGUUGAUGGUCUGGUAAAAAGGUACCAGCAGGCUGGUGUGGAUCCACCUACUGUUUUGUACGUGGACUGUGGCUGCUGCACUGAUGUGGGUGAGACCAAGCUAAAAACCAGAUUCAGAGGUUGGCCUGAUCUCAUGAUUCGCUUGGACAUCUGGCAUUAUAUGCGCAGGAUCGCCAUGGGGUGUACAACUGAUGCCCAUCAGCUGUAUCCCAUCUUCAUGUCACGGCUGUCAGCGUGCAUUUUUGAGUGGGAUGCGGCUGAUAUUUCUAUGCUUCGCAAAGCAAAGAGAGAGCAGUUGUUAUCCCAGGGCUGGCCUGCGCUGACAGAUGAAGAUGUCAACAAGCAUCUCACCAGGGAGGAGCUAGCACUGCAUUGCCGGAGGAGGACCUGUGGAGAGGAGACUACCAUCCUUCUCCUUGAGCGGCUGCUUACAGAGCUCCUGAGCAGUAAGGGCAAAGACUCCCUGGGUGUUCCUCUCCUGGACCGAGAAAGAAUGGAGCACAUCUGGAAUGUCCAGAAGAAGCAUGUGAAAUGCAUUCAAGACCCCCCUGGUGUUGUGCUCUACACAGAGACAGGGACCCUAAACAAGGGAGGCGUGCUUCUGAAGACAUACAGAAGUGCCAGAGGCUCCACUUCUCUCGAGUCCUUUCAUUUACACCUGAACCGUUUCAUCCCAGGGGCCAGUGCAAACAGUCUGAAUUUUCAGAUUUAUCUGCUGGAGGGUCUACACCGGUGGAACCAGGACCGGGAGGCUGCUUCCCUGUCAUCGGAGCCAUCAGCUUUGCGCAGCUACACAGGAGAACUUGUUCACUGUGUAAACGGCAAUUACGGAAAGCUGUUUGGCAGGAAAGUGGUCCCCACGUUUUGUCCCCCUGCAUGUUACACCGGUGAGCUCAUUGGAGUGCAGUAUCUGUUCCAGCAGACUGGUCAGGUACUGCAGGACAUGAAUCCAGACUCUGAGCAGACAGCAGAGCUCAUUGAGGACCUCAGUGUGGAGGAGCGAGAUGAAGAUGAGGGCUACUGUGACAUCAGCGAGGAUCACACAAUAGCAGAUCCGGAGGCUGUACUGUCACCACCACCCUCUUCCACACUGACACUGGGUUCUUCCACCCUGGUCGCCAGCAGUGCCACACAUGUACUGGGCAGGGCUCCACAUCCCCUUCACUGGUCCCUGACCCCAAACUUGGCCUCACACAGUCUCCUUCAUCACCUGGACCCUCAGGGACUGCCGUCACACCUGUUCUCUCUGAAACAUCUGUUUCAACUCUCCCCUCAGAUCCAGAGGUGCCAAUGGUCCAGGGUCUGCAAAUGAUCCAGGGCAUCCCAAUGGUCCAGGGGAUGCAAAUGACACAGCCACUGCUACAGCCAACAGCUGUACAGGGCACCCGCUUACCCGCCCAAGAGACCCUACAGGAGAACCGUAGAGGCCAACACUUGUAAAAAAUGCGGGCAAACGUUUAAAACAAGUGCAACAGGACAUAGCCAGUACAGGGGCCGGGUGUACUGUCCACAGACUGAGACAGUAACAAAGGAGGUGUGGUGUAGAUAUUUUUUAUGUAUAUAGCAUCAUGUAUAUAGUGUGAACAGUUGUUUAAAUAGCUAAUACUUGUGUUGAAUAAUUUUUAAUUUUGUUUUUAACAUUAUUUAACAUUUUAACUAUUUAUUACUUGCUUUUGAAAACCUAUUUCACUUUUCAUUUUAUUUAUUUAUUUAUUUAUUUUAAAAAUAUUUUAUUUAACAUUUUAAUAUUCAUUACUGUUGGCAUGAUUGGAAAAUAAAAACGAAUUGGCAAGUGA